AUGGCUCAACUUCAAGUAACAAUUGUGGAAGCAAUUAAUUUAAAGAAAAAAGAUUUAUUUAGUGAAAGUGAUCCAUUUGUUCAAAUUUAUCUUGAUAAUAAAAAUAACAAAUAUACAACAAAAGUAAAACAUAAUACAAAAAAUCCUCAUUGGAAUGAAACAUUUGUUCUUAAUGUUUUAAACGGACAAGAUAUUUUAUUCGUUGAUGUUUGUGAUAAAGAUACAAUAAGACAUGAUAAAAUUGGUUCAUUAGAAAUUGAUUUACGAGAUCUAUUCGUAAAAUAUAAUAGUGAUAAAUGGUAUGAUUUACCGGCUACAUAUGGUAAAUCAUCACAUGGAAAAAUUCAUCUUGUACUUGAAUAUCAACCAUUAAUUAUUUAA